AUGGGCUGGCGGCUGCUGCUGCUGGCCCUGGCGCUGGGCGGCCGCGUCGCCACCGCGCAGAACGACACCGAGCCCAUCGUGCUGGAGGGCAAGUGCCUGGUGGUGUGCGACUCCAACCCGGCCCCCGACGCCAAGGGAUCGUCCUCCUCGCCGCUGGGCAUCUCCGUGCGGGCGGCCAACUCCAAGGUGGCCUUCUCGGCCGUGCGGAGCACCAACCACGAGCCCUCCGAGAUGAGCAACAAGACGCGCAUCAUCUACUUCGACCAGAUCCUUGUAAAUGUGGGCAAUUUUUUCACGUUGGAGUCUGUCUUUGUAUCACCACGGAAAGGAAUUUACAGUUUCAAUUUCCAUGUAAUUAAAGUCUACCAGAGUCAAACAAUUCAGGUGAACCUGAUGCUGAAUGGGAAGCCAGUGAUCUCUGCUUUCGCUGGGGACAAGGACGUCACCCGUGAAGCCGCCACCAACGGGGUCCUGCUGUACCUGGACAAGGAGGACAAGGUUUACCUGAAGCUGGAGAAAGGGAAUCUGGUUGGUGGGUGGCAGUACUCGACGUUCUCUGGCUUCCUGGUCUUCCCCCUGUAAAGUCAAUUUCCCCGUGGCGUUCCUCCAGGUGUGGACUCAUCCUUGUUCCAUGAAGGUCGUUUUGCCAUCAUGGAGUGAUGGUUCUUUAUUGCUUCCUCAUGGGUGGUUUUGGAUUCUCUCCAUGGAUUCUGGCCCCAUCUGAACGACUCAGAAGUCCCACAGAAUUUUGUGUCCAAGUACGAGAUCUUUGGCCUGAGACUAAAGCAGACAAUAAAUAUCAGCCUAAAGCUGCCUGCAAGAUUUAUUCCAAUUUCCCUUCCUGGAUUCGGGGAAGAAGUGGAUUUUCUUUAACUGUGAAAAGACUGGCACCAAGUCUUUCAUGCAGGAGGGUUUGAGUUCAGACUUCAAGCAAGAGUUAGUGUGUUGCUGCCAAAGAGCUGUGUGUUGCUGUGUUGGUCAUGUCUGUGUCCUGGGCUGCACUGUCAUGCUCCAUUCCCCUGUCCUAGAGAGUCCUUCCUGCUGCUGAGGGGCUGACCUGAGCUCUCCUCUGUGUCUUGGAUGGUUCACCCAAAUGUUUCAGCUCAGUCCCAGCCAAGUCCAGCCUCCAUCAAUCCGAGGGGUCCUGGAUGUGCUUUGGUGGGGUGUGGAAGGGGUUCCUCUUUUCCACUGAUUCCUGAAAGGAAAAGCAGAUUCCAGCAUUCAGGGUUAGGGGUGGGCAUGCAGGAAAAGCUCUGCAGGACACCUCACACUUGUUCUUCAGUUUUAAUUAAUCUGAUUGAUAAUUACUGCUUUGUUCAGCUCCUGAGGGAUUCCUUCCUUAGACACAACCACUUUGUCAGCUGGAGAUGAGAUCCCCCCUGUUUGUAUUUCUGUGUAUUUUCCAGCCCUUCUGUUGUGUUCAAGGUCUGAUCUGGUUUUGCCUUAACUCCACAGGUGUAUAAAGUUUUAGAUUAUUUGUUUGACAAAUAUGAAAGGCAAAUAACUGGUACCUACCUUGGUACAAAAGCUUCCCAGCUUUUUGUACGGGUCGUGUGAAUUCAUAAACUUAUUUAUUAUCACAUUGUUCCAUAAUAAAGAUUAAUAUAUGUUAGCUGAA